AUGUAUCGACAAGCAACAGCUUACGAACAGCUAUCCGAAGAAGCAACCAUCUUAAAACAAUAUCAGCUUGACGUUCUUGACCCAGUUGAAUGGGUUGAUGAACCAGAUGUUCGAAAAUCUGCAAGAUACUCGGUUGGUGAUAAUGCAUUCUUUCAAGGGAAUGGUGGAAUGGAAAAUGGGCGUGCAGACGAACGUUGGAGUUUAGAUGAUAAUGAUCCGCUUGGAAUUAAGCGUAGUGUAUUUACUGAUUAUGCAAAAAACAACAAUAGUUUAGAUCCAUAUGAAAGCCUUAAAGAAAGAACCCAAUUUCUCGUUGGUACAAAAUCAUUUAAUCCCAAGCUAUUUCUCCGUAAAGUUCAUCAAGACACGUCGUUUAACGAAUUAUUAACCGGAGCUAACCAACUACGAAAUACACUUGAUCAAAAAUCGGAGGCACUGAAAAAUUUAGUUCAAGAUAAUUUUGACCGAUUUGUUAGUGCAAAAAAUACAAUUGAUACAGUGUACAAUGAAAUGAAAUCGAAAAGUUUGAAUGAGGAAAAUGAGUAUGGUGUUAGAGGGUUAGAUACCGCUUUAACGGAGGCUGCUGCUAAGGCUGAUCAAGUUUUUGGUCCGGUGUUAGAAAAUAGAAUGAAAGCGGAAAAAAUACGGAGCACGUUAACUGUAUUAGAAAAAUUUAAGUUCUUUUUCAGUUUACCGAGUAGUUUGAUGGAAUCUCUCAAACAACAAAAAUAUGAUAUAGUAAUCAGAGACUACAAAAAAGGAAAAAAAGCAUUAGAAUCAAUUCUUGCAUCCUCAGACACAUCAUUAGAUAAUAACAUCCAAACACCAUCAAAUGGCUCUCCAGAGAAAGAAAAUGAUGACAGUGCACUUGCUGCGCAGUAUCGCAAAGUUUUUGAUAAAAUUUGGGCAGAGGUGGAAAAAAUUAUGGAAGAGAUGCGGGAACAAUUAUUUAAGCAACUGACUGAGCCUUGGCGGUCUAUGGAGGAACAAGAGAAGACGAUAAACAUUUUGUUAGAAUUGGAAACGGUCGAAGAUCCUGUAUGGCAUUAUUUAGAUAGUCAAUAUAAAUAUAUUAUUGAUCUCUUAAAAGAGUCAUAUAAAGAGCAAAUCGAUAAAAUUGAAGCUCUCAAACAAUCAUUAAACAGGACAAUUAACGCGAAUGAGGUCGCACUACAUCUUAAACGUGCAAUUAAAAUUGUCAAUUCGCGUGAUUUUGAUGCUUUAUCAGCUAGCAAAGACAUGGAUGUACAAAUAUGGAAAGCAAUUUUAAACAUUGUAAAGUCUUUGUCGGAUUUACUUCUCAGAUGUUUGCCAGAUUUCUGGAAACUAAGUAAAUCUUUUAUUGAAGGAAAAUUUCAAAAGAGUCCAACAAUUUUAAGUACGAAUAGAAGACGCCGUCAAGCGAUGGAUCUCCGUAAAGUAGAACAAUGUCAAAAUAUGGCAAAAGGAGUAAUAGAUCUUUAUGCGUCUUUGCUCUUCGAGUUCUUUACUUUGACAUCUCCACAUGAGGACACAUCAUCCAAUACUCCUGGUGUACCCGCGCCUAAUAACGAUAGCCCCUCAUUUAUUCCACCACACUCAGAUUCAGUGACAACUUGUUAUUUUUUGACGAGGAUUGUGAUGGAGAUGAGUGAUUGCGUUAAUGAUAUUAAUUCUAUUAAUAUGUCAUCUGAGGCGUCCAGGGCAUUAUCUACCUUAAUGGAUAAAUCAAGAUGGGGAUUUGUGGAGAUAAUUUGUAACGUUUGGAAGGAAGACGCCAAGAAAUUUUAUAUGCUCGAAGAUUGGAAUUUGGAUUCGGAUAACCGUGAAAUCACUACAUUCCUAAGAAAUUUCCACACUUUUCAUAAAUAUAACUCGAGAUGUGCGUUUAAAAUUGCUAGUCUCGGCUUUGUUUCCGACGACGACAAUAAGAACACAUCAAGUAUAUCCGACGAGUACUUGCACAAGAUCAAGGGUGCGUUUCUUGAUUCGCUAUACAUCUAUUUGGAAGGGUUGGUGCAUCUUGCUUUCUCCGAGUAUUCACCGUUGGAACCGGUUGACACUGAAAAGUUCGAGUUUAUAAGUAGAGCGAAAAUUGAUCCGAAUCGAAUGGAUUCAAGGAUUUUAUUAACUAUUAGUAAUCUUGCUAAUUUGAAAGCACUCAGUAUCCCAAGAAUCGUAUCUCAAUUCGAGAACGCGUAUCAAUGUAGUAUGUCUGAAGAUAUAAAGCAACUUAAUGAUUUGGUCGAUCAAUUAGAUAAAAUUCUAUUUGACGAUUAUAUUAAACGGAAAGCCGCGACUGUUCUGGAUAUUGUGGAGAAAGGAAUAUUAUAUGGAAAUAUAGAUUGGUAUAAUAUUUCCAAACCAACCGAGGUGCAUUCUUUUGUCUAUGAAGCUUUGUUAUCACUUGUUUUGGUACACGCAGAAGUAGGUGAUAUUGCAAAACAUCUCGUCAAUCGUACACUCUCAUGUUUGCUUGAAGGCAUGGCAAAAGAUUGUCUUAAUGCUUUUAAAAAGGUAGAAAAGUUUGGAAUGGGUGGCAUGUUACAGGCAACACUCGAAAUAGAGUUCAUGCAUCAAACUCUCUCACAAUAUGUGACUCCGAAAGCACAAGAAACACUUCAAGCAAUAUACGUCACCAUCGAACAGUCAUAUGAUCCAUCGCAAGGUUCCGGAAAUCUACAAUCGGAAUUAAAUAGUGUCAAGAAAUUGUUGGUGGAAAGUCGAAAGAGUACUAGUUUACAAUUCUUGUGUUUCAAGAAACCAAAAUAA